AUGGAGAACAGCAGCCUGGAAUGGACCGUAAAUGUUAACACAUCUCUUCAGGUUGAACUUCAAUCCUGUGUUACGUUUCGGAACCAAGGUUUGCGCAGUUUUCUGUAUGCCUUCCUCUCAGCUGGGAUAGUCUCCACUGUGGUGGGCAACUUCCUGGUUGUUUUGUCCAUUGCCUACUUCAAGCAGCUACAGUCACCAACAAAUUCUUUUGUCAUGUCUCUUGCCGUGGCUGACUGCCUUGUUGGCCUGUUGGUGAUGCCUUACAGUAUGAUUCGAACUGUGGAAGGAUGCUGGUACUUUGGCUCUCUUUUUUGUAAGCUUCAUUCCAGCCUGGAUGUGAUGCUCUGCACUGCCUCCAUAUUCCAUCUCAGUUGCAUUGCCUUUGACCGUUAUUAUGCAGUCUGCAACCCCUUGGUUUACUCCUUGAAGAUGUCCCCCUGUCGAGUGGCUCUGCUCAUUGCUAUUUGUUGGGCUGUACCAAUGCUCAUUUCUUUUGGUCCCAUAAUGCUAGACCUUCACGUUGCUGAGACAGACAUACAAAUUCCUGAAGAUACGUGUGUAUUUUUGGUCAGUCGCAUUUACGCCAUAAUGGCCUCUUUGGUGGCCUUUUACUUGCCUAUGGUGGUCAUGCUUGUGGCCUACUGGAAGAUCUUCAAAGCUGCUAAACGGCAGGCCAAGCAAAUCAGUGCCAUGGAAAGCCAAAUGGCUGCUGGAGUUGGCAAAGACUCAAGCAAGAAGAAACGACAUCGCAACACUAUGAAAAGGGAAGGAAAAGCGGCAAAAACUUUAGGAAUUAUAAUGGGAGUUUUUCUUAUCUUCUGGAUGCCCUUUUUUACAGUCAACAUUGUGGAUCCGUUCAUCAAUUACAGCACAGAGGUGGAAAUCUGGGAUGUUUUCUUGUGGUUAGGAUACAUCAACUCAUCGCUAAAUCCCUUUUUGUAUGUUUUCUUUAAUAGUUGUUUUCGAAGAGCAUUCCUCAUGUUCAUUGGCUGCAAAGUAUGCCUACCUGGAAUAUCCCCUGGGAUGGAGUUAUCACAUUCUAAGAAAGAGACAACCAAAUGUUCUGAUUAA